UUCUCCCUCAAAGCAACCUUUUCCUCCGUCUUCAUUUCUUAACGCGCACAGACACAUUUAUGCUUCUCCAUCAUCCGUUUUGAAGGUAUGCCGGAAUCAAGAGACAGGUUGUCAAGACCCCUUGACAUUGCAGCAGUAUUUGCUCGCCGGCGAGCUAGUAUCUUUGGUACUCUUGACGAUGAGUUGGAGUCAGCUUUAUUCGGUCCCAUCGCAAGGCGACAAACCACUACCUCGACGAAUGACAGCGGAAGGGGCCGUUUCGGAUCGCCAAGAACCGUAAUUGGGCGCGGGCGUGCACGUGGACUAAAUCUUUACAGGUCACCCGCCAGGGGUGUGGAGAACACUCCGCCGGGAUCCGCACGGCGGGGGAGGGGACGACGUUGGCGGAGUCAUCUACCUUCUUGGUACCCAAGAACUCCUCUGCGAGACAUCACUGCGGUUACGAGGGCAAUCGAGAGGAGGAGAGAUCGCUUGGGAGAUAACGAGGGCCAACAAAUUGAGGGUCCAAAUCUUUCAGAUCAGUUGCUUUCUGACCCUUCCACUUUAGAUUCUAGUCCUCAACUCGAGCUUGGGACAUCAGCGAACUCUUCAAGUGCAGCUGUCGGUGUUAAACUCCAAACACCUGCUGCCAGUAAAAUGCCACUGAUUUUACUUGAUAUUACAAGCAAGUCAGAAGGAGAAUCAGAACUUCUAACGCCUCCUAAGCAACUUCUUAACUCUAUUGACAAAGUUGAGAAAGUUGUGAGGGAGGAGUUACAGAAAUUCAGGAGAACACCCACAGCAAAGAAGGCAGAGAGAGAAAAAAGAGUUCGUACAUUGAUGUCCAUGCGCUGAUUUUUGAAGUAUAUAACACUUAAAUUUGGAGUUAGGACUGCAUAGAUAGCUGAAAUUGGAAGAGAAGGCCAGGGAACCUAUCUGCGAAUCAUCAUCUGAUGAUAUCCUCAAAUUAGUUGUUUCAUAAGCUAACAUCUGGUUCUCGGUUUGCUUUUAUCAGUUACUUGAAGUUGGGUUUAUUAGGUGUCAAGGAACUUUGCUCUUACUUUUAGCCGAACGUCUUGGAGCAGGACAAGUAAGCAUGUUAAUGUGUUCUGGAGAUUGUUUGAUUAAUGAUAGUAGUAAGCAUAUUGACCCCUUGUGCAUAGUAGUGAUAGGGGUAGUUUCAGUUGUACUCAUGGAUAUUAUAUUUCUCCUACCGGUUACCAAGCAUGAUGGCAAAAUUUUAAUUCGCACGAAGUUCUUUCCAGAGCUUGUUUUCUGUUGCU